AUGACGGACGCGCGCGCGCUCGCGCUCGAUCGCGCGUUCGCGGCGUGCGCGUUGAACGACGCCGUGACGCUCGAGACGCUGUUGCGAGAGAACGCGAUACCGGUGAGCGCGCGGGACGGACGCGGGAACACGCUCUUGCACUUGUGUUGCGUCGACGACGCGGCGCGCGCGGCGAGAGCGGUCGUCUCGCGGGCCGUCUUCGCGUCUCGACCGGCUGAGUAUGGGUACCUGUGGGAAACGAAUGACGACGGGGAGACGGCGCUGGAGACGGCGCGGGCGUGUGGGAGCGAGACGUGCGCGCGGUGGUUGGAGGCGUUGACGGGCGCGGGCGGCGGCGCGGCGCCGGGACGCGGGACGGACGGCGGCGGUGGUAAAGAAAUCAGAACCGAGAGACGAAACGGUGGUGGGCGAACGAUGGGACGGGAGUGGACGCUUCGAGCGGUGGCGGAGACGGUUGGGUUGGAUUGGGACGCGUCGCGGGACGCGGCGGACGACAGAACCAAGGCGCUGUGGGUCGCUCGGGAAACCGCGCGGGUCGUUCGUGAGCGCGAGACGCUUCGAGAGGAGUUGAAAAUGGCGCAAGAAAAGAUUAAAGAGCACGAAUCGCGAGCGGAGGAGGAGAGAAGGACGGUGGUGGCGGCGCUCGGGAUGGCGGAGAGUCGCGCGCGCGCGAUGGCGAUGAAGAGCGAAAACGAAAAGGCGGAUCGAGCGGCGGAUCGAGCGGCGCUGCGCGACGCGCGUCGGGCGACGAGCGACGAGUACGAACGUGGAUACGCCGAGGGCUGGGCCGCGGCGCUUCGCUUGCCGUCGAGAGAGUACGUGCGGGAGCAAAUGAAACUAGAGCAACGCGGACGCGCCUCGGCGAGCGGCGACGCGACGUCCGCCGGCGACACGUCGGACGCAGCCGCAACCGCGGUGGCGUUCGAGGAUGUUUCACUGGACGACGAAAACGCGUCACCGUCGAAGGAGUCGGCCACGGCGACGUGGAAACAAGUCACGAACGUCAUCAAGGAGACGUUCGUGGGCGUGAAGAAAACCGUCGACGCCAUCGAGUCGCGACAGUUCGGCGCGUCCAAGGCGCGAGAGGUCGACGACGACGCGGGAUGA